AUGGCGCCGGCGCCCUCCGCCCCCCCCGCGCGCCGCCAUUUUGUCUCCUCCUCCAGACACCUCCGAGCCCCCCCCGGCCGGGCCCGCGGCCCCUCACCGGCCCCACUCGCCUCCCCCCGGGCCUUCAGCCACCCACCUCCACUCCGCGUUCCUCACGCCACCUCCCCCGCCGCCCCGGGCCGCGCCGGGCGCGCGGGACCCGCCGGCGCAGAGCCCGCGGCCCGCUCCUGUGGCGGAGCCCUGGCGCGGCCUAGCUGCGGCCUCCUCGCGGCCUGCGCCGCGGCCUGUGCGGGCAGGGGGAGGCCCGGGCCGGGCGGGCGGCAGGGCCCGGCCCGCAGCUCUUACCGUGCGGGUGGCGGGCGGCGGCGCUCGCUCGGCGCGGCCUCUCUCAGCGCGACUGGGCCGAGCGCGGCGGCGGCGGCGGCGGCUGCGGCGGGGCGGGCGGGCGGGCGGGAGGGGAGGGAGGGGCCGAGCUCGGAGCUGAGUGGAAGCGGCCAAGCUCCCCGGGCCGGGCCCGCCGUCAGCACGUCACGUCACUGCCCGAGAGAGCCCAGGAGCAGGCGGAAGGGAGCGCGCCGCCACCGCCGCCUCGGGCCGCCCGCCCGCCCGCCCGCGGGGGCCGGUGCGGCCGAGCGGGCCGGGGGCCUGUGCGGGGCGGGCGAGGCGGCGGUCGGGGCGGCGGGGCGGGGGCAGCGCGGCGGCGCUCGGUCCCGCGGCUCCUCCUGCCGCCGCCUCCGCCGCGGCUCGGCCGCGCCGCGCCGCCCGGGGCUCGGCGUGCGCCCGCGGAGCACGGCGGUGCCCCGGGACCCCGUCCCCGCCCGACCUCUCCAUACCGGGCGAGCCCCCCCCGCGCGCCGCCAGGCCCGCGGCCCGGCCCGGCCCCGGAGUGCGGGCCGGAGACUCCUCGGGCUCGGGUCUGCGCGGCGGGGAGCGGUUUUUAGGGUGCGGGGACUCCGCUCUGGGGUGGACGCGGGCCGAGGGCCGCGGGUUGAGCGGCCUCGGGUCACCCCGGCGCGGGGCGCGGCUGCCGGCGGGAAUUGCCGGGAACAACAAGGACAGCGGAAAGCAGCGGGGUGCGGUGCCGGACCCCGGGUCCCCACGGAGAACACGGACGGCGCUCCGCGGGGGCCACUGGCACUCACGAAAGAGUUGCUGCUGAUCCAUGAAAGAUGCACCCUAAAGCUUUUGAGGCAUUAGAAAUUAAGUGGGUAACCCGAUGGAUGUGAGGAGGAUGAGAAGUCCUUCCCCUUCUCCAGCGUGGGGUCCUUCCUGCAGGAGACAGUUCUCGAUUAACGUUUCCAGCACGAGUUCAUCCCACAGGCAACAGUUCUGCACAAAAUGCUGCAAGAGAUGUUCCCACCAUUCCUGAUGGGCUCAGCCUUGGCCAGCAGUGGGUCCAUCCUGGAGCUGGCAUUGGCUCUGCUGGACAUGGAGGAAGCUUCCAACAGCUUCUCACAGAAGCCACUCCUGUGGCACCCCUGCUACCAAGACCUACCUGCAUAAACCAAACACACCAUGAUACUGAGAAUGGAAGAGGAGCAAUAAUACUCAAAAUUUUAUUUUAUUUAAUUCCAUUAAGGUAAUAGUAAAACUUUUGUAGACUCAGCCCAGAUCUGGGUUUCAGGAAGGGGUCCUAAAAUACUGACUUUUGCAAGGUUUUCUGAGCUUGACCAUACAUGUGAUAUUAAUGUAAAAUAGUCUUAAGUAAAUAUUUUUGCCAGCAUGGAAGAGGCUAAGGGGAAGAACAGAGAAGGAUGAUGGUUAGUUCAUAAUCAACAGAAAGGUAACUCUAGUAUAAAUAAGUAAAAAAUUGGAAAAUAUAUAUGUUUGGAAAAAUAUAUGUUUGAAUUUAAGACUCUGAAUUUCUUUGAAACAGGGGAACAUGUUUCCCACAGAGAUUGUAAAGCCUCUGGAUUUGGAGAUACUCAAAACCCAACUGGACACAGCCUUAAGCAACCCGCUGCAGGUGGCCCUGCUCUGAGCAGGAGAGCUGGGGGAAGACAAUCUGCAGAAACACCUUCCAGCUUCAACAAUUCUAUGAGAAGUAAAAUAAAUCCAAAUCAUAAA